GUGUCUGACACCGUCUGUUAUUCAUUCAAGAUUCAACCCAAACUGCAAUGGCGUUCUCUUUAGUGUUUGCCAAUGUCGGAGGUGUAACUGGGGUCUGGCCCUGGACAAAGGAAUAGAGCAUGGCUCAAGUGAAAGUACAGACCUCAGCACCCCUGGCUGGUCCUGGCCUCUCCCCCGGAGUUUCCCCGACGGCCAUGGCCAGCCCAGGAGCCCUGGGUCUGCAGCCCUCCGUCAACGGCACAGGCCCGGCCCCCACACCCGCCUGCCCUGCUCCUGCAGUCGGAUAUGGGGACGCCCCUGUGUCUCCUACAUCGCCAGGCCCGCCCCAGGAGAACAUGGCAAACCCUAAAGAGAAAACUCCAAUGUGUUUGGUGAAUGAGUUAGCCCGUUUCAAUAGGAUCCAACCACAGUACAAGCUCCUCAAUGAGAGAGGCCCUGCACACGCUAAGAUCUUCACGGUGCAGCUGACUCUCGGGGAGCAGCUGUGGGAGGCCGAGGGCACCAGCAUUAAGAAGGCCCAGCACUACACAGCCGCCAAAGCGCUGGACGAGAGUGUCCUUCCCAGGCCAGCGCCCCGCUCUCCUAAAGUGGACAUCAACAGCAAUCCAGGCAGCAUAACACCCACGGUUGAGCUGAACGGUCUGGCCAUGAAGAGGGGGGAGCCCGCCAUCUACAGGCCUCUGGACCCCAAACCCAUGCCCAACUACAGAGCCAACUACAACUUCAGAGGGAUGUUCAACCAAAGGUACCAUUAUCCCGUUCCUAAGAUCUUCUACGUCCAGCUGUCUGUGGGGAGUCAUGAGUUUAUCGGGGAUGGACGCACCCGCCAAGCAGCCAGACAUAAUGCUGCCAUGAAGGCCCUGCAAGCCCUGCGCAACGAACCCAUCCCCGAACGGCCACCGCAGAGCCCGGAGGAAAAAGGGGAGCCCGAGGAAGGCAGUGAUGCCAGCAAAUCGGAGAUCAGCCUGGUCUACGAAAUCGCCCUGAAGAGGAACUUAUCUGUCAACUUUGAGGUGUUAAAGGAGAGCGGCCCUCCGCACAUGAAAAGCUUCCUGACCCGUGUCAGCGUGGGGGAAUUCUCCGCCGAGGGCGAAGGCAACAGCAAGAAACUGUCCAAGAAGCGCGCCGCGCUGUCCAUCCUGCAGGACCUGAAGAAGCUUCCCUUCAUCCCCGUUGUGGAGAAACCCAAGACGCACUACAAGAAACGUACCAAGACCAUCCUCAAGACGGGACCGGACUAUGGCCAGGGCAUGAACCCGAUCAGCCGCCUGGCCCAGAUCCAGCAGGCCAAGAAGGAGAAGGAGCCGGAGUACUUGCUGCUCUCUGAAAGGGGGAUGCCCCGACGCCGUGAGUUCAUCAUGCAGGUGAAGGUGAAUAACGAGGUUGCCACGGGAACAGGACCCAACAAGAAGGUGGCCAAGCGGAACGCAGCCGAGGCGAUGCUCCUGCAGCUGGGAUACAAGGCCUCAUCAAUCUCUCAGAACCCCAGCGAGAUGGACAACAAAGGCUGGAACGGACAAAAGGCGUCAUUUACCGAAGCGACGAGUAACACCCCGAAGGGUCUGCUCCACCUCAGCCCUGACGUCUACCAGGAGAUGGAGGCCAGCAGGAAGCAAGGGGGCGGCGCCCCGGGCCCCGGUGGGGGCAGCGGCGGCGGAAGCAGCAGCAGCAACAACAACAACUGCGGCGGCUCCGUCAACUACAUGACGUCCAAAGACAUGGUGCCCUGCUCGGCUCCGCUGCCCCCGGGACACCCUCUGUACUACGGCGGCCCGGGCUCCUCGCCCAGCCCGACCGCCACCAUGGCCCGGGAGCUGCUGCUCAACGGGCAAUCCCCCACGGCCGACGCCUCCCUGCCGAUGAAGAAGAACUCGUCCCUGCCCUGCGGCGUCUCGGUGCAGCCUGCACAGCAGCUGGACUACCUGGCGCGCAUCCAGGGCUUCCAGGUGCAGUACAGUGAUGCGCAGAGUGGCAAGGAUUUCGUGACCUAUCUGACCCUCUCCCCUGUGCAGAUGACUUUCCACGGCACUGGGAGCACCCUCCAAGCCAGCCAUGACCAGGCUGCUCUAAGUGCCUUGAAACAGCUGUCGGAGCAGGGACUGGACCCGGUGGACGGCCCCAUCAAGACCAGUGAACCAUGUGGGAGGGAGGACGGAGAUUAAACAGACUAACUCAGGCACCACCACUCAGGUCUGCAAGGAUUCAAAGGCUGUCGUCAAGGAGCUGACCCCCCCCCCCUCCACCCCAAAGUCCCCCAACCCCACGAUCGCCACUGUAUCCUGCAAAACCUGUAGACAUGCAAUAGGGUGGAUGUGCACCGAGAAAGGACCGACUAAAACACCAUUACCUGAGUCUAUGUGAAGACAACGCUAUAUUAACACCGUUAUUGAUGAUUUCAGUCGAAAUUUAGAGAACAAACAAAAUAUAAGAAAUGAAACACAAACUAAUGAGACAAAUGCAUGGUACUGUAUGAAAUUAAGGGAAGUUCAAAGUGAUACACUGCAUAGACAAUUCCCCCUUUGGGUGAAUUUCUUUUGGUGGGGUUAAAGACAAAUAUGUACAUCAUGCCAUUGAAACCCAAAAGAAACAUUUUAGGGGAGAAACCAACUUGCGUACAGUAGCUUCUUUUUUUCGGGGGUAAUAUGUUUCUGUUUUGGUUUUUUUAUAUUUUUAUUUUACUAAUCUAACAAUGCUUGAGUACUGUAUUUAAAAUUAACCAAUGCCAGUGCUGUGAAAGUUGUAGUUGUUGUCUUCAUAUAUAGUCACCCAGCUUACCUUGUAUGCUGACAUAAAGAAGAAGAAAAAAAAGAGUUCAUCUAUCUAUAUGGAUGUGUAUGACUUGCAAGAGUAUCAUGUUCCGAGAAAUAACAUUUUUGUUUUUUUCAUCUGAACAAAAAGGACAAAACUGGUGUUUGCAGUAAUCAAGUGUUUGACCACCCAGGAGAGAAGGUCGGACUAACCUUUCCUUCCUGAAAGGUCUCACUCUCCCGCCUAACACGACCCCUCACUGGCACAGCAUCACUGGAGCAUCCACAGACCAAAAGCGGAGGCGAAGGGGGGGCCGCCGCAGUAGUAUCACUUUUUAUCUAGAAAAGGGGGGGCCAGCGGUUCGUAUUUUGCUCGUAAUCUCUGCCACCAACGCGCCACUCCAGAGAUUUUACGGCCGCGACCGCAUGUCCUCCGGUGAAUGAAAAAAGUCCUCUCCAUUCCAGUGAUUUUGUGUCAGUGGAUUGUCUCCCCCCCUCCCCCCGCCACAGUUUUGUCGAUCACAUCUACACCCAUUGUGUGUGUGUUGUAUUGACCCGCCAAGGCAUCAACUGGGUGCUUUUAAUGCCUGCAAUUCUGUCUGUGCGUCUUUUGAGCGGAGAGAGUCUGUGCGCGAUCCGACUCGCAGACUCUCUUCCCCCCCAAAGCCCACUUUGUUCACUGACAUUGAGGACAUGUCUUCUUCUUCGCUGUGAGUACAAUGUGUAAUAAGGCUGUUGCUGUUACUGAAAUGCAGUAAAAACACCUCAGUUCAUGUGGGGAAAAAAAAA